AUGUCAGACAGUAAUCACGAGGACUUCCGAUGCAUUGAAUGCCGACAACUAUUUGAUACCCAAAAAGAUCUGCAAAUUCACGUGAAUUCUGUUCACAAAAAACUUCAGUCUAAUGGAGACUCCAUUGCUUUGACGGCAAUUCAAUACUCAUGUGAUUCAUGCGCUUAUAAGGCAAACACCAGACAAUCGUUGACCAGACAUAUGACCACCCAUUCCUCUAAUAGCCAUUCCUUUAAGUCCAAAACUAGUGGAGUUUAUAAACACUCAAAAAUUAAGAGCAAUUCACAGAUGAAUAAAAAGUCGAAAAUAUAUAACCGCAAAGUCUGUCUCUACAGCUCAACAGAGCACCGGGAGCUCGUCAAACAUGUGUCCACACAACACACUAUCGUAGAUAGCUAUACACCUGUGGUCAGCCCUUACAGCACAGACACAUCAGUGGAAAGUUCUAUUUUAGGUAGACAUCCAAAGUCAUCCACCCGGACCUCAUCGACCACUUCCAGUAUCAAUAGUCAAACAACUAGUGAUCACACGGACAGCAGCACCAGUAGUCAAAUCAUUAGAGACCACAUCGACAGCACAAUUAGUCACAUAAUUAAUGAAUACAUGGACAGCAGCACCAGUAGUCAGAACAUUAGCAGUGAAUAUAACUACAGCACAGGCCGUAAGCGCUCGAUAGCCGAGUCCUUGCGUUCGGACACAUCCGCGACAGACAGCGAAGGAUCUGAUAUUAAACCGUAUGACUUGGUUUGGGCCAAAUGUCAGGGCCAUCCCUGGUUCCCGGCGCUGGUGGUCGACCCCAAUCGCACGGACACCCUCUAUGGAGAGCCCAUUCCUCCCAAACACGUGGUGGACAUGAAAACGAAUGAUCGGAACCGCUAUUUAGUCAACUAUUUCGAUGAGAAGCGCUUGUGGCAAUGGUUACCGCGAAAUAGUCUGCAAGUGAUGGGUAUCGACACGAACGGCAAAAAGUUGACCGAAAGGCGCAAACCGAGUGAUAGGAAAGCCGUCGAAAAGGCGUUCACCGGAGCCCUUGAAUUCAGUGCUCAUAUGUCAGCCAUAGAGUCGGGCAUUGAAUGA